AUGUCUACGCUCCGUGGCUGCAAAGCACGCUUGACCAACGCGAUCAACAAUUUGACGCGGCUGGUCAACUCGGCGAAUUCCAACUACCCAACCGUCUUCCAUUCGGACGCCCACCCGGCAGUACAGCUCCGCACCCUCCAGCGUCGAAUCGAGGACAUGGGAAACGCUAAGAUCUCCAUUGAAAUAGCAUUGGAGACAUUCCAACAGCGCCAUGAACAUGCCAUAAGCUUUAUCGAAAACCAACCGAACGCCAUAGAGCUUAUGGAUGCCUUUGACAUCUACUGGCGCGAUCACAAAGGUGACGAAAUGGAACCAACCGCAACCGCUACCAUCUUUGCCCUAGACGAUCUUAUCCGCAAGGAAACCGAACUUGCGGAUAUGCUUCGCACCACCAUAAGCGCAUCCACCACACCACAAUAUAACCCUACUAACACCACUGAUGAGCCGAUGGAUGUCACAUCCAUCAGAAACCCUACCCUGACACCACCACAUAUGUCCGGAGGCUCAUCACCACCAUACCCUGCUGCGGAUACCAUGAAUGUACAACUCCGCAAGGUAGAGCUGCCUACCUUUGAUGGGGAUUUUUCCACCUAUUAUGAUUUCUGGGCCAAAUUCAAGACCGCGGUCCACGAUAAUCCAUCCCUAUCCACCGCUGCCAAAUUUAUCCAUCUUAGUAGCAGCCUUAAAGGUAGCGCCGCACUUGUUGUACAGGGGUAUGACAUAACCGAUCCCUCCAACUACCACCUAGCCAUUGAAGCCCUACGCAGACGGUAUGACCGUCCGCAGUUCACCCAUAAUUUCUUUUUGCAGAAAUUAGAGAACUUGGCAGCGUCGUCUGCCGCCGCUUCAUCGCAGAGGGACACAUUAUGCCAGAUCCAAGCGUGUAUCCUGCAGCUCAACCGCUUCGAGGACACGUCAACAUCGCUAUCGCUCAAGAAACUCAUUCGCAGCAAGUUCCCACGAGAGACUCAGCUGGAAGUGAACAGGAUGGAACACCGGUCAGGUACUAUUUGGAAGAUGCAUGAGUUUCUUGCUGGUAUUGAUGUGUUUAUUCAAGAACUUGAGAAACUUGACGAUAGCCACUGUCCUCCACUUAACCACGAUCAACCCUAUUCCGCAUUAUCCACCACAUACCGCAACCGCUCACCAUCUCCAGAACCACUUUAUGAUCCGCAUAGAUGUUGUUUCUGCGGGUCGAGGAACCAUCGCUCGACCCGCUGCACCACAUCUAUGCAGACCUACGUUCGCCGUAUGAUAGUCCGGAACCUGGACCUCUGUUGGAAAUGUGUCCAACCAGGGCACAUGGCCAACUCUUGCCGGGCUCCGAACUGUCGUUACUGCCAACGUAACCAUCACACCAUUCUUUGUUCGUAUUCAUCUGUUUCGCGUUUUUCUCGUGAUAGGUCUAGGCGUUCUAAUGAUAAUCGUCGUAAUAGUCGUAAUAGUGUUCGUUAUGAUCGAUAUACUUAUCGUUCUCCCCGCGGAUGGUACCCUUCUAGGGAAUCGUCCCGGGAAAGAAGUUCUUCACGCUAUUCCUCUUCAUCGUACGAUUAUCCCUAUUCACCAUCUAGGCGCCAUCCCCGCGAUAGAGACUACCACCAUCAGUCUCAUCGCAACCAUUCUCCCUAUCGUAGAUCUGAACGUGAUUCAGAGCGAAUGCGCCACCGCAACCAACGCCGCCACUCACCGUCUCCAUCUUCAGCACCUUACGGGGUCAGAUUUCGUGCUAAUCCGCGCGAUAGUCUCUCACCCGUACGCCGCAGAAACCAUUCCAGCCCAGAAUCCAGUAGCCAUGUCGCCGACACGGACGACGAGAUGCGUAACGCUCUUGAUUGCCGUCCGGUCGACGACCCCACCACCCUUACCACCUCAUCUAACCACCAACGCCCUCUUCUUAUGACUGUUAAGGCUCACAUUCGUAAUCCUAAGACGAAGACCCUUGAAACGGUCAACGUCAUGCUGGAUUCAGGAGCCCAAAACAGCUUCAUAAGCAACGCAGCCACUAAGCGUCUAUCCCUUAAACCCUACGACCACAAGCCGCUGACCGUCAUCGGAUUCGGAGGUCAUCGUUCGACCCAAGAAUCCGGUACAGUCGACGCCACCCUCUUAGAUGCCGCAAACAAACCAUUUCCCGUAACCCUACGAACUCAGGAAGUUCUAACUUCCCAGUUCAAACCAUAUCGUCUCAGUAAAGAAGACAAACACGCACUCCGCACAUUCCGCAUUAACCCAGACAGCCUUACCAUCAGUCGCCACGUUACGCCAGAUAUCCUGCUGGGUAUCGACUACUUCUGGGAGGUCCUGAAAAAGGACUCACCGAAGCAGUUACCCUCAGGAUUGAUGCUCGUUAACACGCGAUUCGGACCAGUUGUCUCGGCACCAUCUACACCACAUCGCUCUGAAGACGACAUCACCCGCCUAUGGGACCUCGACCGUUUAGGCAUAACCGAGGAUCCCGAUCCCUCUGUCGACAAGGAGGAGGACGCACGGAUCCUGAAACGUUUUCAGGAUACCGCCCAGGUGAUUGACGGCUAUUUGCACGUUCAAUUUCCCUGGAAGUCAUCCCAUCCUCGCCUUGCCGACAACAAAAUGUUAGCCCUUAAGCGUCUUCAGAGCCAAUACCGUUCCUUCCAAACCAAACCAACCCUUUGGAAAACAUAUACCGCAACCUUUACGGACUACCUGGAGCAGGGCAUAAUAGAGGAGGUCGACGAGCAUCAGUUCGACGACCACAGAGUCUAUUAUAUCCCGCAUCAGGCAGUCAUAAAGGAAACAUCGGCCACCACUAAAUUGAGAGUCGUGUUCGAUGCGUCCUCCCACUACAGAGGCGCACCGAGCUUAAACGACUGUCUCCACUCUGGCCCCGCAAUCCUACCAGACAUGGUAGGAAUCCUCCUCCGUAGCCGCUUAACACCCUAUCUCCUUAUUGCCGACGUAGAGAAGGCUUUCCUUCAGAUUCGUUUACAACGUAAUCAACGGGAUGCCACUCGUUUCCUUUGGCUUCGCAACCCUAACCUACCACCAACUCCGGAUAAUCUUCGGAUCUUCCGGUUUACCCGCGUACCAUUCGGUAUAACCGCAUCACCAUUCCUUUUAGCCGCAUCCAUACUGUAUUACCUCCAUCUUGAACCAUCGAAGCCGCUCCACAAGGAGAUCGAGGACAACAUCUACGUCGACAAUAUCCUUCUUAGUGCCUUGUCCGAGCGACAAGCCAUUAAGAAGUACCGCUCUUCCAAAUCCCUAUUUAACUCCAUGCACAUGAACCUUCGAGAGUUCUUGUGCAACUCCAACACCGUUAACCAGUCCAUAGAGCCAUCUGAUCGAGUCAGGAAUCCAUCCUCCGUGAAGCUCCUUGGUAUUCCCUGGAAUUCACGCACCGACACCCUUCUCAUACCACUUAAAACCGCAUCCGCGAAUGUGUACUCGAAGCGCACAGCGCUCAGUGCAUGUUCAUCCACCUUUGAUCCACUUGGUCUUCUCACACCAUUCUUAGUGCCCUUCAAGGUAUUCAUCCAGGACAUCUGGAAGAAGGAAUACCAGUGGGACACUCCAUUUGACCAAGAGGACCAUCAGCGAUGGGACGAAUUGGUCCAGCAACUCAAAUAUCCGUUGCCACCAAUUCCACGUUUCAUCGCUUCCGCAAACCGCAACACCACUUAUGAGCUCGCAGUCUUUGGAGACGCCUCACAACGUCUCUUUGCCUGCUGUGCUUACCUUAUUAGCCGCUCACCAUCAACCACUUCUUCACAGCUAAUCAUGGCUAAGUCAUUAUUAGCGACGGCUAAACUCCAGAUGACUAUGCCACGAUUAGAGUUGCUCGCAUCCCUAAUAAGUGUGCGUCUAGCACGCUUCCUCCAUCACCAACUCCAUCUUAAAAUCCGCACUAUCCAUUUCUUUUCUGACUCGAAGAUAGCGCUCCAUUGGAUCCACUCAUCUCGUCCACUUAAACGGUUCGUUCAGAAUCGAGUGAACGAGAUCCGCACCAUUUUAACCACCUUCCACAAGACAGACGUUCAGACGAAGUUCUACUAUGUGCAGUCAGACUCUAAUCCAGCUGACUGUGCAACUCGUGGACUUUCGACCGCUGACGCUGUCAACCACAUCUGGUGGCAUGGACCAUCUUUCCUUCGUGCUCCACAGUCGGAUUGGCCUAAGGCCGAUACGGACUUUGCCCUACCUCAGGAUCUUUGUCCUGAGGCGGAGCACGAGUUUCAGGCCCUUAGUGUCCUUCCGACACAACCAUAUGAAUCACCAUUCCGCUUCCGUGCCACUAGUAGUUACCUUAAGCUCAUCCGUUCAACCGCGUAUGUGCUUAAGUUCAUCAAAGCCCUAUUCCAAAAAACCCGCAUACGCAAUUACACCCUCAACCUAGCCACUGUUGUACUGUCCAAGGACGUUUCAGCCUCGGAGAUCACCAACGCGGAAACUCUCCUCAUUAUGGAGCAUUACCGCGAGAGUGAAUCCACGUUGAAACGACUACCACUGGACAAGUACAACGCUCACCGCGCUGCAGAUGGAUUGAUCCGAUGUCCGAAUCGAUUAGAUCAUGCUCGGACUUCGUCUCAGUCAUCUGCACCAAUCCUUCUUAUUCCGGAGCACCACUUUGUCCAUCUUCUCGUUAUGUACCACCACAAAACCAGGUUCCAUUCAGGUGUUCAUGCCACAAUAGCCGCUCUCCGCACAUCAUAUUUCAUCCCUUCCAUCAAAACCACCAUCACCAGAAUCCUUCGGCUCUGUACAGUAUGUAGAAGAGCCCAAGGACACGCUUACCGCUAUCCUGAGAUGCCUAGUCUCCCUCCGGAACGAGUCAACCGCUCUAGACCGUUCCAGAAGGUUGGACUAGACUACUUAGGACCACUCUACUAUAGAGAUCAGCUCCAUUCUCAGGCCAAGAUUUGGAUCUGUCUCUUCACCUGUAUGGCAACCCGCGCUGUACAUCUCGAGUUAGUCCACAACAACACCGCAUUCGAGUUUUUGCUCGCCUUUCGCCGUUUCAUUGCUCGCAGAGGCACUCCGGACCUCAUUAUCAGCGACAAUGCCACCACUUUCCGCUCAGCUAACGAUUCCCUACAAAGCACCAUCUAUAACCGCAAAGCCAUAGAAAAGAUAUCCACUCAACUCGCCAACCGCAAGAUCGAAUGGAGGUUCAUCACUCCUCUUUCCCCAUGGAAAGGAGGAUUUUAUGAACGUCUAGUCGGUCUCUUCAAAUCCGCAUUCAAAAAAGCCAUCAAACAUACCCUAUUACCACUUUCGCAAUUUCAGACCCUGGUUGCAGAAAUUGAAGCAGUGCUCAACUCCAGACCACUUUUAUCCAUCAGUGACACAUCAUCUUCACCGCAUGUCCUUCGACCAAUAGAUUUCGUCUCACCGCAAGUGGAACUCCAAUUACCAUCUCCGCACCACAACCCUCUCUACAUCCCUCCAAACCGUCUUUCCGAAUGGUAUAAGGAGACACUUGCCGUAUUGAACAACUUCUGGGACAUUUGGUACAAGGACUACUUAUCCGCAAUAUCCGCACGUCACCAACACCGUAUCCAUCAAGGAAGGUCAAGUCCACUCAUUCCAUCGGUAGGAGACGUUGUUCUCAUUGCCGAUAAGAAUGUUCCACGUGGACAAUGGCCUUUAGCCAUCAUAACCACUAUCCACCGCACCAAAUCCAACAUACCCAGAUCAGCCACUGUCCGCAUUGCAAACGGUCAUGAGUUGCAGAGAUCGAUCAAUCAACUACAUCCAUUGGAGAUUUCUGCAAAGGAAGACCCACGACCGAAGAAGAGCCGCCAACAACUGCAACCCACAAGGAUCCAACCACCACGAGCAGCCAAACGGGUACGAUUCGCACUUGGUACGAAGCGAGCGUGA